AUGAAGAUGAGGAUGGAUAUACGGGACUUAGACCGCGAGAUGUUCUACGGAUUUCAAGAAAGGGUCUCGAUUGAGAACUUCAGAUUGGCUCUUUUAGGAAAUGCUACUGAAGCUAUGAGGGAGUCAAGGGUGCAUGAUAUUCUGAAUGCGAUGACAACAUUGUCAUAUAAGAAAUUGGACUUUGAAGAGUUUUGUGCUGCUGCAAUCAGCACAUAUCAAUUGGAGGCUCUCGAGGAAUGGGAGCAGAUUGCAGCCGUGGCAUUCCAGCAUUUUGAGCAAGAAGGAAAUCGGCAUGUUUCCGUAGAGGAAUUGGCUAGGGAGUUGAAUGUGGGUCCAACAGCUCAUUCCAUUCUCAGAGAUUGGAUAAGAAAUGAUGGAAAACUCAACAUGCUUGGAUAA